AAAUAGCUAUUACUCCUUGAAUGGGUUGUUUAGUUUUUCACGCCUGAUUGAACACCACGAGGGUUUAUAACGGCCACAUAUCAAUUGAAAUUCAGUACAUUAGAUUCAUUCAAAGGGAUAAACAUCAUCUUGCACUAAUCCUUUGAUAGUUUAAGGAUUGCACAUUUUCCGCUUCAUAGAUAUUUCCAAGGACAAACAUUUACUUAUUCGUUUAGUGACAUUGACAACUAGUGAAAGCAUUAGUUUUUUGAUAAAAAAAAAUAAUAUGCAAGGAUCAUUACCAACUUCGCCUAACAGUUCUCCAAACAUGUCGCUCAGUGAUACUUCAGUUACUGAAGAUGGACUUAAGAUUGCCGAUCCUUGUAGAAAGUUGUCCAAUUCUUUGGAAAAGAGAAUAGAUUUUCCAGAUUCACCACAAUCAGAAUGUUCCGACAGUUCCAAUGGUGAUGGUACUCCAGAAAGAUCUUGCUUUGGAAAAUACAAAGAAAGUUCACAAGACCAGAGAGAUUUAAGGAGAUACAGAACUGCUUUCACCAAAGAACAGCUUAAUAGACUUGAGAAAGAAUUUCUGAAAGAAAACUAUGUGUCCAGACCUAAAAGAUGCGAACUUGCAGCAGAAUUGAAUUUAUCCGAAAGUACCAUUAAAGUUUGGUUCCAAAACAGAAGAAUGAAGGACAAAAGACAACGUAUGGCUAUGACAUGGCCUUAUGGGAUACCAGCUGACCCACAGGUGUAUGCCUACCUUGCCGCCGCUGCAGCCGCGCAAGCAUCCUAUCCAUACGGAUUUCCAAACCCUGCCGCUAUGUCAUACCCUGGUAUCGGUCUCCAUGGAUUUCAAUCAUCCGGGAGUUCGGCAUUCUCACCACUGCCCAGUCAUUUACAACCACGCUUAGACCUUUUACACAGUAUGAGUAGUCCCAUUCAUCGCCCAUUUAUUGGACUAGAAACCAAUUCUCCAUUACGACCAGUUCCAGGAUUUGACACUAGUUCACCGAUAUACAGACACGGACUGGAGUCACUUCACCGUCCGGUUUCAAUCCCUGAAUCAAGGUCACCAUUAUCAAGUUCACCACCAACUUCAUCCGUUUCAUCUGUACCCAAAAUGCAUUUUCCAUGGAUGGAAACGUCACAUUCGUCUGGAGUUUGUGGCAUUGCUGCCGGCAAACCAUGUACAUGCGGUGUGCCAAAUUUAGGACUUUCUUCAUCACUGGCACCACCAGCUGGCUUUCUAUCCUCACCACCAUCCUUGAGCUUACAUAAACCAGUUUUAACGAAACAGGAAGUUGAGAGAUCGUAAUAGACUUUUUGUUUAACUUUGUGACUGAACAUGUAUGUGAUAUCUGAGUUUGUUUGUUAUUAUAAUUGUGUGAAUGAAUGUUUGUUGUGUGAGAUUGUUGUACAUUCGUGAAAAAUGUGUGUGAUUUAGUCUAGUUGGUUUGAAUGCUUGUAAGUUAUUGUUAUUAAAAUGUACCUAGGAACAUUUAAUUCGCUACAAAUUCAGGGUACUUCUUAUAGUAAAUCCAUGUAUAAUUCAAAUGCUCACUGUUGUGUGCGCAAUUGCAGAAAAGACACAAAUUUCUGUAAAUAUUGAUGUUUGUUAUGUUUCUUGAUACUUAUGAAUAU